ACAGUCAUUUGAUUGAUCAGUUUCAUUUGAAGGAAGUAAAAGAGUUUAUUUUCCUUUCAAGAGAGAUAAACAGAAAGAUGGAACGCGGAGGCUUCCAUGGCUAUCGCAAGCUCCCUACUACAAGCUCUGGACUGAAGCUGUCCGAGAUGAACAUGAGGCUUGAUGAAAUCAAUCGCAGCGGGGGCAGUGGCGGCAGCAACAACAACAAGAACAACACUAACUCUACUGGUGAUGACAAUGAGUGCACUGUGAGGGAACAAGACAGGUUCAUGCCAAUUGCCAAUGUUAUCCGCAUCAUGCGCAAGAUACUCCCUCCGCACGCCAAAAUCUCAGAUGACGCCAAAGAGACAAUCCAAGAAUGCGUGUCUGAGUACAUAAGCUUCAUUACUAGCGAAGCUAAUGAGCGCUGCCAACGCGAGCAGCGCAAGACUAUAACAGCUGAGGAUGUGCUUUAUGCAAUGAGCAAGCUAGGGUUUGAUGACUACAUUGAACCCUUGACUGUGUAUCUACACCGCUAUCGGGAGAUGGAAGGGGACCGUAGCUCGAUAAGAAGUGAGCCAUUGGUGAAGAGGAAUGUUGAGUUUGGUCCAUUAGGGGUUGCAACUGCUUUUGCGCCAGCAUUCCAUAUGUCUCAUCAUCACCAUGGGUUUUUUGGAGGAGCUGCAGCGGCUAUGGGUGGAUAUACCAGGGAUCCUUCCAAUGCAACUUCUUCACAGCAUGCAUUGGCCAACGGCGAGUCGUUUGGGCAGCACAAAUGAGGUUGCAGAGAUCGAUAGCUGCACUAACCAGAUGUACUUGCUAAUCUAAUAGUUACUCAAGAAACUGAGAGGUUAGUGUGUUUGGGAUUUGUUGUAUUGGAACAAGGCUUGGUUUUUAAAUUUCUGUUUGGUUGGUGUUUUCUGCUUUAUAGUGUGUUUUGCUUGCACUAGUCAUUUAAUUCCCUUCAUUUUCUCUCCCUCUCUUUUUUCUGAGAAGCUUAAUUAAUUUCCUAUAUUAAUGCAAGGAAAAUAUUUCGCAGUCCCA